AUGCAUUUGCCAUCAUUACUAUCAUUGGCCACUUUGCUAGUGGCGAGUUUCAACUCCGCAGAAGCUAAGGUGCACAAGUCGAAGGUGUACAAAAGCAAGCAACAUAAUGACGGCAGCGAACUUGGCGUCAUGAUGAGCGUUGCCAAUCUGCACCAGAAGUACCUGUCGCAGUUUUCCAAGGCGUACCCUGAGGUUGACUUUGCUUCCCACGCAGGAAGCGGCAUCGGGUUGGGUGCUGUGGAGCAAGAUGUCCUUUCUGCGAUGGGAGGUCACGAUGUUCCCCUGUCAAACUACUUGAAUGCGCAGUACUUCACUGAGAUUACACUGGGAACACCUCCUCAGAGCUUCAAAGUAAUCCUUGACACAGGGUCGUCGAACUUGUGGGUUCCAAGUGACGAGUGUGGAUCGUUGGCUUGCUUCUUGCACUCCAAGUACAGCCACGACGCGUCGUCGUCUUACAAGGCCAAUGGUACUAACUUUGCCAUCCAGUAUGGCUCAGGCUCCCUGGAGGGCUACAUUUCACAGGACACCCUGAGCAUCGGUGACCUAACCAUCCCUAAGCAGGACUUUGCGGAGGCGACAUCGGAGCCAGGGCUGGCUUUUGCCUUUGGCAAGUUCGACGGUAUUCUGGGUUUAGGCUACGACACAAUUGCCGUCGACAAAGUGGUUCCUCCUGUCUACAAGGCCAUCAACGAUGGAUUGUUAGACGAGCCUAGAUUUGCUUUCUACCUCAACAACGCCGACGACUCGGAGGAAUCCACCGGCGAGGUCACUUUCGGAGGCAUCGACAGCUCCAAGUACAAGGGCAACAUCACGUGGCUGCCUGUGCGCCGCAAGGCCUACUGGGAGGUCAAGUUCGACGGUAUUGGGCUCGGUGACGAGUACGCUGAGCUCGAAGGCACUGGUGCCGCCAUCGACACGGGUACCUCUCUGAUUGCGCUGCCAUCUGGGUUGGCUGAAGUUUUGAACGCUGAGAUCGGCGCCAAGAAGGGCUGGUCAGGGCAAUACACUGUGGACUGUGAGUCGAGAGACCAGCUCCCAGACUUGACCUUCACCUUCAACGGCAAGAACUUUACCAUCUCGGCCUACGACUACACUUUGGAGGUGUCCGGCUCUUGUAUUUCUGCCUUCACUCCUAUGGACUUCCCCGAGCCUGUGGGACCUCUCGCCAUUAUCGGUGACGCCUUCUUGCGCAAGUUCUAUUCCGUAUACGACUUGGGCAACAACGCGGUUGGCUUGGCCCAGGCCGUUUAG